GAAAUGUCGCUAAUUACCGCAUAGGCGCGGAACCGUUGCUUCCCUCUCGAUCUACUCCUUUUAUACUCUCUCUCCACAAAAAUUUCUCAUUUAAUCGUUUUCUUGGGAGGAGAAAUUUCUCUCUCGGAUCGGAUCGGGGAGGGAGUGGGGGAACCGAUGAAUCGGGUGGCGAGGGGAUCGCUGUCGGAACGGAGGAAUAUUCCGGGGGGAUGGGGGCAUGACCGGCGGCGGAGCUUGGGCGGAAAGGGGGAGGAUGAGAGCUUGGAAUUGGAUCUGUUCUUGAAAAGCGGCGGCGGCGCUCUGAUCGGAUCGGCCAACGGAUCCGACGGCCAGGACGAACAAGUUAAAUUGGAGAGACUAUCAAUUGGAUCAGCCAAGAUUGGGAGGAGCGGAAUGGAUGAUUUACUCAAUGCUGACAAUGGAAAGCAUGAUUACGAUUGGCUUCUAACUCCUCCUGGAUCUCCACAUGGCCCUUCUUCUGAUGCUAGUAAGAAGCCACUUUCCUCAGUAGCACCUAAGCGCAGUUCCACUGUUAGAUCAGUUUCAACUACAAGAGCUACAAGGCUCCCUGCUUCUCAGUCCGAGACUGGCCAUUCAACAAGGCCAGCCAGGAGUGGUUCGGUGACCCGGCCUUCCAUCUCUUCCAGCAAUUUCUCUAAUACUAACAGAACAUCAGUCCUUGACACUAGCUUAGCCUCAGUAACCUCAAGGCCAUCAACCCCAGGGAGCCGAGCAGCUGCUCUCUCAUCUGCAAGGCCAUCGACUCCAACCUCACGUCCCAUACCAGCUACCCUCUCAACUGCAAGGCCAUCGACUCCAACCUCACGUUCCAUACCAGCUACCCUCUCAACUGCAAGGCCAUCGACUCCAACCUCACGUCCCAUACCGACUCGAUCAUCCACUCCAGUCAGAACUCGAGCAACCCCCAGCGCUCCAGGACUUAAAUCUGGACCUUCACAUGGUUCUAGGCCAUCAACUCCAACCUCUCGACUCCAAGCUGCCACCAAUUCUAUCUCAAAUUCAAAUUCUUCAGUAGCCCGCUUGAAUUCAAGACCAUCAACCCCCACUCGCCAGCCUGCUGCACCAACACUAGCCCCGACGACAGGGCGUUCCCCAUCUGUUGGGCGGCUCUCAGCCAGAAAUGGCCGAAAUUCAGCACCUUCAUCACAUCCCAGCUCCCCUAGUCCACGGUCCCGAGCUCCAGUGCGCCCAGUUGAUCUCCCAGAUUUUUCACUUGAUACGCCGCCUAACCUGAGGACAAAGUUGCCUGAACGGCCAGCUUCUGCUGGCAGGAUGCGUCCAGGAAUGGCGCUGACAGUUCGGUCAAAUUCAAGUUCAAACUCUGAGACAGUAGCUUCUGUGAGUUCAAAUCGGAGGCUGUCUUUGCCUAUUGCCCCUCGGAGCAGGUUCCCAGAGAAUCCACCCAAGGUUUUAUCACAGAACAAUGGACACCAGACCACGCCACCUGAAAUGCGAAAAUCUAUGGUAUCAGAGUCUGGAACUCGUAAGCCUAUAAGGCCAGCUGCAGCCACAGAGAGCACCGGGUUUGGAAGGACGAUCUCAAAGAAGUCGCUUGAUAUGGCUCUCAGGCACAUGGACAUUCGACAAAGCCUGGGGGGCAUUCGGGGUGCUUCCCUCUUUCCUCGUAGCAUUCGCUCUGCUGCUCCAAAAGGAAGACCAGCUCGUAUGUCGGAACCCAUAGUUCCUCUGACAAGUGAUGAAGACUCUGCAGAGAAUGGCAAUUGUAAUGAAACAUUUUCUGGAGACUGCAACAGAUCUGUGUCAUAUAAUGGAGACAGUAUGUCUAGGUCUCCAGACAGGGAAAGCCUCAGGACAAGGGAGAGUGUGGGUGAGCUAGAUCUCGAUGGUAGCUACCAGUAUGAUGCCAUGUUGAUGAAAGAGGAUUCAAAGAACACAAGUUGGUUGCACAGUGUUGAGGAUAAGUCCGACCAAAGCCCUUUCGAUCAUCGAUUUGAGCCUCCCCCAGAACCUUUUGAUCCUCUAUGACGAUUCCCUUGUUGUUGUCUGUGUAAUAUUUGUAACAUUUGAUUUUUUAAUUCUUGGUUCUGAUCUUCAUAUUUCUAGAAGAUGCUCCCUGGAUUGGAUGGUGUGUGUUUUUUUUCUUCCCCGUUGAACCAAGAGAUACUGGAAGUUUGAUAAGUCUUUGAACUGAGAAAAUCCUUCCUACUAGCCAUGUCCAUAAAACAUAUGACUCUGGACCCUACAGCUAAACCCUCAAGUUCUUGAAUCUAUGGAUUUUAGGAUUCAAAUUCGGUUCUUGAUGUGUAAUCGGUAAGAUGUCGGAAUUAGAUCUACCAUUUUCUUUGUAAACUUCAUCUGUUGACUGGUUUUAUAUAGAAAAGUGGACUUGUUUAUCUUCAGCACAUAUGAAGAUUAGCA